AUGUCUUUAUUAAAUGGUAAAAAAUUGUUGGAAACAAUCCCAUAUAAUCACAAUGAAACACGUCUACUAAAAUUUCGUGACAUCGUCAAUAAAUAUGAAAUUAAUCAUGACUUUGCUCUUCGAAUACGUGGUCUCGAAGGAUUUGAAAUCGUUUUGAUUUGUGAUGAUAGUGGGUCAAUGUCAACACCUGUUAUUGAUACCACAAAUAAAUCAUCGUCUCCAUUUCAUCAAUUUCCAUCUCGUUGGGACGAAUUGAAACAUACGGUAUCAAUUGUCGUUGAUUUAGCCGCUACCCUCGAUCCGGACGGCGUUGAUAUCUAUUUUCUUAAUCGUCAACCGAUGUUGAGUGUUAAACAAUCAUCUGAACUUCAAGAACAUUUUGCUAUGAGACCACACGGUCUAACGCCAAUAACAAAAAUUUUAAGCUACGUACUUGAACAGAAACGAUCACAGAUCUAUGAUCGAAAAUUAUUAAUUUUAAUAGCAACAGAUGGUUUACCAACAGAUGAACAAGGAGCAAUUGAUCUUAUUAAUUUAGAAGACUGUUUAAAAAAUGAUCGUGGCAAAGAAAUUGAUCGUAUUUAUAUCACGUUUAUUGCGUGUACAAAUGAUUUAAAUUCAGUGGGAUAUUUGAAUGAAUGGGAUAAAAAAAUAAAAAAUAUAGAUGUUGUCGAUGACUAUGUUAGUGAAAGAAAUGAAAUAUGGGCUGUUCAAGGGAAAAAAUUUCCAUUCUCCUACGGUGAUUACGUUGUCAAGUUGUUAAUGGGAGCGGUUGAUCCAUGGUUUGAUCAACUAGAUGAGAAAAAAGUAAAAUUAACAGAGACGAAACCAUUAGACAAUGUCGAUAGGCGAAAAUCAUUAUUGGCAAAAAAAAAUUGUACAAUUUCCUAA